AUGAUUAUCCAACAACUUUCAGGACUAGACUAUUAUAAAAUCCUAGAGAUAGAUCCCUCCGCCACAGAACAACAGAUCCGCGUUGCCUAUAAACGCGCCGCUCUAAAAUCCCAUCCAGACCGCGUCCCCGCCACCUCCCCCGAACGCCCCUCCCGCGAAGAAACCUUUAAACAAGUCAACGAAGCAUACUACGUCCUCUCAGAACCCACCCGCCGUCGCCGAUAUGACAACGAACGCCAACGGCAACAACAGCAGCAGCAGCAGCAAAAACAGCCAGGGGAACAGAGAAAGCCCCGUCCGCAACCCUCCUAUUCCCCAGGCCCGGAAACAGAGUCCGCUUCCUUCGCCUCCGACCAGUUUGGCACCAUGUUCGAAGAAAUGCUGCGCGAGGAAGGUCUUUCAGAAGAGGAUACGGUGAGUGGAGGUACGAGGCCGACGGGCAGCUUUUGGGCUAUUGUGGGCGGGCUUAGUGGGGCAGCGCUUGGGUUUAUUGUUGCAAAUUUCCCCGGGGCUUUGGCAGGUGCUGUUGCAGGGAAUCGGUUGGGUGCUAUUAGGGAUUCUAAAGGGAAGAGCGUUUACGAGGUUUUUCAGGCGUUGCCGGGGGAAGAUAAGGCGAAGUUUUUGGGGGAGUUGGCGGCGAGGGUUUUGAGGUCUGCCGUUUCAUGA